AUCCAUUCACCACAGCUACUCACACAUACUGCAUACUCUGAACAUCUUCGCGCUUCAACAUUAUGAUCGCAAACAUGCAAGCUACUCUACCAUCGCCGCUGCGCUCUCGGGCAUCUUCUGGAAGCCGAUCGCCACUUUCUCUCGACCUUUCCAGUCUACCACCGCUGAUCGAGCCAUCGCCCCCGUCAAACACUCUCAUCAUCACAAACCUCCUCGCCCCCGAGAUCUUCCAACUUUCAACCCUCACCGAGAUUCGCGAGACAAUAGAUCAACAUGCCAAAGUACACACAUGGGCGCCUCUCAAGUCAUUCCGGCGCCUAGUGGUAUCUUUCUUCGAUGUCGAAUCUGCAGUACAAGUACGACAGGCGCUUGACGGUUCACAGCUCAUGGGCUUCCGCAUCCGCGUAUACUUUGGCGUGAACACGCCCAUGAACCCUUCAGACCAGCAUCUCGCACUCCCCAAGUCAGACCGACUAUUCUUCAUUUCGCCACCGCCAUCGCCACCCAUGGGUUGGGAAGUGAAGGAGGAAGAUGCGCCAAACAAAAUUGUGCACCCAGAGGAUCUCGCAGCGGCGCUCGCGAAGCUACAUGCCAACCACGAGGCAGUGUCACCUGAAGUCGACCACGGAGGCAACAUGAUUACCAGGAGGCGAACCGGCAGUAUCACUGUCGUCUACCACCCCGAAGACCAUGGUGACUCUCCGAACCUUCCGGUCAUCUCUGUCGAUGACACAACAGAGACUCCCGAGCCGUUGACACCAGUUGAUGCGAUGGAGGGCUUGGAGGGACCGAUUGCGUCACAAAAAGCACAGGGCAUACCCAUCAGCACUGCACGACCACCUGUCGAGCUCAUGCACUAGAGUGGUUUUCAUUUUUCAUUACUUUUCUUUAUUCUUUGUGUUAUCAAAAUGCAGCAUAUGUCCAUGACUUGGAGGCGAGCAUGGUUUCGGCGUUGGUGGCUUUGCGAUUUGGGCAAUCAUGCUCUAAGAAGGAGCUCUUUUCAAUGCUAUACGCUGGGGACGAGCAGACCUGAAACGGAUCCGAGAUAUGUGUUUCCAUUACCUGUUUACGAUAUCCCAUCCAAUCGACUUGAAUACGUUU